ACGUCGUUCACGCGAGACGAUCAAUAAUUCGUAACACGUGCACGUAGCACGUGGAAAUCGCGGAAUCGCAAUACGUGACCGACAAUGUUAAAUCGAUAUCUUCAUAGCAACUACGAGGCCUUCUUGGUUAAUGCAUGCUGGCGCAUCUCUUGUCACAACACUUGCGAUUUUCCGCCGUGAUUCCCGCUACAGUUAGAAGCUGACGCAAGACAAAAAUGGUAAAAAUCACCCUGGAAUUAAUACGGAAACGCUCGGAGCACAAUGAGGGCGAAAUAUCAACGUUGGAAGAGAUAGCCUUGCACCAGGAGAAUAUCGAUAAAAUCCAAUUGAUAGACAGACAGUGCAGGAAUCUCAAGAUUCUCCUGUUGCAGCACAACCUGAUAUCGAAGAUAGAGAAUCUGAAUAUGCUGAAGAGACUGGAAUACCUAAAUCUGGCCCUCAAUAACAUCGAGCUUAUCGAAAACCUGGAGGGCUUAGAGAGCUUAAAGAAGUUAGACCUCACCAUCAAUUUUAUCGGAAAUUUACAAAGUGUAAAAAAUCUCAGAUGCAACGAGCAUCUGGAGCAUCUGAUUCUAAUGGGAAAUCCUUGCACGGAUUACGAGUACUACAGGCAAUACGUUGUGGCGACUUUACCGCAAUUGCGGGAGCUCGACAUGCAGGAAAUUGAAAGAUCGGAACGCAUCAAGGCAUUGCAGAUUUAUUCGCAAGCGCGAGACGAUGUUAUCGAGAGCUACAAGCAUUACGAGAAGACCAGGAUAGCUCAACGCGCUCGUCGUAACGCUGCGCACGAAACCACAGAAACAAUGAAGCAGACGAAUAAUACAGAGGCGCAAGUGAAACACACAGAGACCGAGCGAAGCGAGAAUACGACAAUAGAGCAGGAUGAGUCAGAAGAUGAACAUUUUUGGAAACAGCCUAGUUAUCACACGCCGGAAGAUAGAGUCGCCAUUGCUGAGCGAUUUAUGAAGAAACAGGAGAAUAAGAGUCGUGUCUCGGAUAAGAGCAAGCAUCCGAAACGUGUGCUGAAGCUAUUCGCUCCAGACGGAAGAGCAUAUAAUAUAAAUCAGGCAAACGUGCCAUUCAGAUUAAACGAUGAAGACGAUCCCGAUUUUGUUGUUCUUGAAGUCUCCGUUUACAGACACUUGGACACUGCUUAUAUCGACGUCGACGUAAACCCGGCUUACGUGCGAGUCACCAUAAAAGGAAAGAUCCUACAGCUGACCCUGCCCUGCGAGGUAUCGGUUGAGAGAAGCAACGUUCGACGGAACACGACCACCGGAAGUUUAGUGAUCGCUAUGGCCCGUUUGACUCCGUGCACGGUAAUCGUGAGGAAGGACGAGUCGACGACAAAGAGGAAGUCCAGCGAAACAAAGGUGAUUACAGUUCGGCCACCGGUCACCUCCCGACGAGUUCUCCUCGAGAUCGGCCCGUCCACGGAUAUUCACGAUUUCCUCAAGAUAACUGGAGAUCCCGCGAAACGAGUUCAGAAGAAAGAGAAGAAGGAUCUCGACAAUUUCGAGGACAACUCGGACGUACCGCCUCUCGAAUAAACGGACGGGACGAAUAAAACCUCACGACUGUAAAUACGACGGUGAUCUCGUAAACUGAUCGUCCCGUUGGCU